AUGAGGGAAGAAAUGGGAGUUCGUCUUUGUAUCUUUAAGAUCGGGGUGACAUGCCAUCCCGCACGUCGUUUUGAGUGGUACCUAGAAAGAGGGUACACCUGCAUGUGGGUACUGACCCAAUCUGACAGCAUAGACCUCAUUCAUAUGCUUGAGGCAGCUUUAAUACAUGAAUUUGGAAAGCACGUCGGGUGCAAAAACAGACCAAAUUCUGGUGGUGAGGGUGCUCUGAACCGGGCCAACGUGCCUUCUCACCCCCCAUACUAUACUUAUGUGGUUGGGGGUCGGGCAGACCAACCCCGCUGGGUUCCUUGCUGCCGAGUUGUCGAGCUAGCCCGGGCAGAGGUGAGUGGGAAUCCACGUCCCAAUGCUGCUGUGAAACGUUUUGCCAAAAUCCCUGUUGAAGAUGCGGAGGCUGGCUGUCAUGAGUUGUUCAGGGAGCUAGGCCUAUGUGCGCCUGUCAAAGUAGAGUAUCCAACAAUGGAUGGUAUGAAGAGCAUACCCUACAUCAGGAUCAGCUCUUGGGCACAAUGGCUACUUGACACGAACAGGCUUUGGAGACAAUUUGUAGGAGUGGGCAGCUGGGAAAGAAUGCAAGUUGUCCUUGGCGAGUACUGGGCUCGCUUCAGGGAGCUAUACCCUAAUCACGAGGUGUUUACUUUGCCUUGUGACCUCAAAAGGACCAUUCCUUUCUAUUCUCAUUCUGAUGAGGGCCGGACUUACAAAUCGAAACCGAUCUAUGUCUUGUCAGUUCAUGGGGCCUUGGGGAGGGGCACCAGCUCCUACGUCCGCAAGCAGAAGCACAAGGCAGAGCUUUCUAAAUUGCAGAUGGGCCUCAACUUCAUAGGCAACACAUGGGCAACACACAUGAUGUUCACCAGUGUGGUUCGGCAGUUCAUGAACGAAAGAACUGAUUGCUUGGAUAUUUUGCUAGAUAUCUUUGCCUCAGAUUGUGAGAAGCUGAUCACGGAGGGGGUCACUAGUAGUGAUGGCACAAAGACUGUGUUCAUGCUACACAUUGCCACCAAAGGCGACCUUCCUGCCUUAGCUAAAGUUGGAGGACUGACAAGGACAUUUUCUCACGUUUGCAAGGCAAGUUCUAGCCGCACUGCGUCCAAAGGCAUCUGCCACUACUGCAAAGCAGGUCAGGAGAGAAACGAACAUGGGCAAGUAGAUUGUCCCUUUGAGGAUUUUUCACUACAGCCAUCAUGGCUUCCUACUAUGCACACUUCAGAUCCGUGGUUGAGAGAACCCACAUUACUACGGGGCAUUCCUUUGGAUCGAUCCAGUCGGGCACAGUUCUUUGAAACUGACAUUUGGCACAACAUGCAUUUGGGGUGCCUGAAACAUUGGGUGGCAUGUGCUUUCGUGUCUUUGAUUGAGAGGCUGGGUUUGGCCCCCCUUCAAGGGUCUGUUGAAGCUAAGUUUUGGCUGACCAGUGACUUCAAAGCGUUUUGCCGCACCCGCAAGAUCUCACCCUAUUUGUCAGAGAUAUCAAGGGCAACCAUGGCCUUUCCUAUGUCAAGUGCAUGUCCUCUGGGGCAAUGGUCCAAAGGUGUGGUCUCAACACACUUCUGCCAGUACUUAGAGACGUUGUGUGAUCGGUAUGGGGUUGGCGAAUCUGACGAUGUG